GGUGACAGCCUCUUUCUGGUUUGUUUAUUGGAAUCGGCCUAGUGGCUCGGUAUAAUCCACUCAAAUCCUCCGUUUUGAAGCAUCCCGGGAGCGCGGAAAGGAAAGAUACAUAGAGAGUACUCGUUGAACUGUCGCAUUGGCACUUUUUUUGCUUCUUAGCGCCGGAUGGAAAACGUAAAUCGAUGGUGAAAAGUGCCCCGGGCUGUAGAGACUGAUAGCUCGGGAAGGAGGCAAAGGGCUCGCACAGCAGGAUGGAGUUGAGAGUCGGUAACCGAUACCGGUUGGGGCGAAAGAUCGGCAGCGGCUCAUUCGGGGACAUAUACUUGGGCACAGAUAUUGCGGCUUCAGAAGAAGUUGCGAUCAAGCUAGAAUGUGUAAAAACGAAACAUCCUCAGCUUCACAUCGAGAGCAAGAUAUAUAAAAUGAUGCAAGGAGGGGUGGGAAUUCCAACAAUAAAAUGGUGUGGUGCAGAAGGUGAUUAUAAUGUCAUGGUCAUGGAGUUACUGGGACCAAGCCUUGAAGAUCUCUUUAACUUCUGCUCUAGGAAAUUUAGCUUGAAAACUGUUCUUCUUCUUGCUGACCAGAUGAUCAGCCGAAUUGAAUACAUUCAUUCCAAAAACUUCAUUCAUCGGGAUGUGAAGCCUGACAAUUUUCUGAUGGGACUUGGAAAGAAAGGCAAUCUAGUGUAUAUCAUUGAUUUUGGGCUGGCCAAAAAAUACAGAGAUGCUCGCACACACCAGCAUAUACCAUAUCGUGAAAACAAGAACCUAACCGGAACAGCUCGCUAUGCAUCUAUUAACACCCACCUUGGAAUAGAACAAUCGCGCAGAGAUGAUUUAGAGUCUCUUGGAUACGUUCUUAUGUACUUUAACCUUGGUUCCCUCCCAUGGCAAGGAUUAAAAGCCGCCACCAAGAGGCAAAAAUAUGAACGAAUCAGUGAAAAGAAGAUGUCCACGCCAAUAGAAGUUCUUUGUAAAGGCUAUCCAUCUGAGUUUGCCACAUACCUGAAUUUCUGUCGGUCCUUACGUUUUGAUGAUAAGCCAGACUAUUCUUACUUAAGACAACUCUUCAGAAAUCUGUUCCACAGACAGGGCUUCUCUUAUGACUACGUGUUUGACUGGAACAUGCUGAAGUUUGGUGCAAGUCGUGCAGCUGAAGAUGCUGAGCGUGAAAGGAGAGAGAGAGAAGAGAGGCUUCGACAUACACGAAACCCUGCUGUGAGAGGGUUACCCUCAACUGCUUCUGGCAGACUACGAGGCACUCAGGAAGUAACGCCAUCCACUCCACUUACCCCAACUUCACAUACUGCCAACACCUCUCCUCGGCCUGUAUCCGGAAUGGAACGUGAGCGAAAAGUCAGUAUGAGACUGCAUCGGGGUGCUCCAGUUAAUGUCUCUUCCUCUGAUUUAACCAGCAGACAAGAUACCUCACGCAUGUCAACUUCUCAGAUACCAAGUCGAGUGACUUCCAGUGGUCUUCCAUCAACAGUACACCGAUGAACACAUUCCUCACACAGGGGCGGAUAGUGCAUGGCUGAGCUUUCAUUGGCUUCACAAGCAAACAGUAUAAAAAAAAUGUAAAAAUAAAAAUCUCUGAAGAG